AUGACAGCGGUCUGGAAGUCCAUAACAAGAUAUGAAUGCACUCUGAGCACUGUUCUGUUUAUAAGCACACGAUUGCAUACUCAUCCACAAGCAUUACGUAGCGCAGUUUCAUCGAAAAACGAAGCUCCUGUUCGAUUUCCCUAUAAAACUAGUACGGACACACGGCUCAAUCAUUCUGCGGCAAUGUCUAUCCCGACGGCUGUAAUUCCUGUGGUUCUCCAUCUUCUCUUGCUCGCGCAUUCAGCUCAAACCCUUCAAGUUUUGCCUUACUGUGGGAAUUCACGUGCUCUCCCAUCAUACAUUCGAGAGCCGUUGUUUGUGCAUGUUGACGUGGCUAAGAGGCAAAAUCCGAGCAUGAGGUACAGCUGUGAACUGGAAGUUCUUGCGCUCGAUUUUCUAACAAAUAGAAGAACUAAUGGUCUGACAUAUACUGAAUAUGUCAGACAAAGCGUGCACUACGAAACACUGGCUAGAGAAGCUGCCCAAAACUGGUACGGACAGUUGAGACAGAUGGGUCCCAAGAGGGAAUUCGGCUGCAACCUGAUAGAGAAACCUUCUGGGACAUACCGUGUUGCUUGUCUUUACAGAUGA